UGCAGCUCAUUAAAACUCAACCUUAUCUUAAUUUUGGUGCUUUCCACAAUGCCUGUGUUUUGGUGUUAUCCAGCUCUGUCUUCUAAGGUGUCUGGAAAAUCUGAUUACUUUCUCAUCCUGCAGAACAGCUGCCCAGCCAGGCUGGACGGAAGCGAGGGACUAGCUUUUCUAAAGCCAAUUUUGGAGAAGACAUCAAUGAAAAGAUCUUUUCGCAAUGGAGUUGGCACAGGGAUGAAAAAAACUUCCUUUCGAAGAGCAAAACCAUGAAUAAGUGUGGGAAGAACUCUGGGAAUUAAUCUCAAACUAUGUGGAGUGUGACUGAUAUGCUAAACGUCAGUUGUGUCUUUAUCAUUAAGUGUUGGUUUGCUCUCAAUUUCCAAAUAUCUUUCCUUUCCCAACUGGCUCACAGUAGAUUGAGUUUUUCUUUUCUUUUUUUUUUUUUUUAAAGAAUAAAUCUGUCCUAAACUUCUGCUUGUGAAAGAAAAAUUUAUCUAUGUGCUCAGUUAAUAACUUUCUCAAAUAAGAACGGAUGCAUUUGCUUUGAUCUUGAAGUGGCUGGAAUGUGUAUUUUUACAGCAUAAUAGUAUAUUUUCCUUCCCAAAUAGUAUGAUAUCAGGAUAUUGAUCUUUUUUAAAUAUGAUUGUCUUAAAUAACUUAACUGUAUCAAUUCUGUUGGGCUAUGCUACUUCAGUCUGUAAAUCUUAAAAUUAGAAGAAGUUAAGAUAGUGGUAUGGUAUGCUAAUCCACUUAUCAAAAUUUGCAACAAACGUUGCCACAACCCUCUGGAUAUAGU